UUCUGUUUUAAAGGGACCAUGAUCAAUCUUUACCAAAAAUGAAAACUGCAUCAGUAGCUCUUAAAGGGCAAAGUAUUCAUUUCCAAUUGGAAAAAAAAGACAAAAAAAUAAUAAUCGAACUUUCAUCUUUUGGUUCAAGCAGUGACCUGGUCCUUGAAUCGGCAGUGGAAUGACCCCAAGAAGCCGGCAACAUCUCUUCAUGGUGGCAUGCGGACCAUGGUUCUCUCACAGGUCCCUCCUAUGGAAUGUUUACGAGAAAUGCUGUUGAAAUACCCUGCCCUGAUAAAACUGCUGGUCUAUAUAUCAAAACACGAGCUGAAGAGAUUGGUCAUUAAUGGUUACGAACUUGAAGAUGACUUUGGGGAAGAUGAGAUAGCUUAUCAAAUUGGUGAAACAACUGAAAUACUUUCGAGAGGUAGUCUAUGUACAGCACCUCAUUGUGUAAGGUUCAAGAGGAUGUCAGGAACUGGAGAUACAGUGAUGUUUUUUCAGUUGCGAACUCUUAUCAAGCUAUCGAAACUGAUGAAGUCUUGUUAUCUUGUCCUGACAAGCAAUUGGGAAAUGCUAAGGUGUCAUUUUUUGGUCUGGACAUUGUGCUACAAUAGAGCACCAACUCUUGAUUACCUUCUGAAUGUAAUGCGAAGUACCAUACGGGAGUGGGGUGCUAAGAAAAGCAAAAACAGGUUUAAGAGAAUUUGGUCACUUCUUGCUUUUUGCUAUUUGGUGGAGCUGUGUGGAAGGAGAAAUGAAAGGCUACAUAACAAUAUUUCGAGAAGCACCAAACAACUCGUUGUUGUAGGUGUGAAAUGCCUGCUUAACUGGGGUUGAAGUUCUGGUCUUUUCUCUGGUUGUAGUGCAUAUUUCCACGCAACUCUUUUGUGCUUCUUUAUCACCUUUUUAGUCAUUUAGAAAUCUUUAUAAAAUUUUCCCAUUUACAGAAUUUGCCCCUUUAAUGUUUUAUAAAGAACUCUAUUAUUGGGGCUUAAAAACCUGGCUUAAUUGGGGUAUACUUAAUGAGACAAAAGCCAGAUCAUUUUGAAGUAAAA